GAUAUUGUGUAUGACGAUGAUGGAAUGGUGAUAAGUGGAAGUGCGGAAGCACUUAUAAGGCGGCUUAUGCCCACUCACGACUACUGCCCUGAUCGUUCGUACAUUUUCACUCUUCUGCUCAACAUUCGCACGUUUGUAUCACCGGGUGAACUGCUUCAUAAAGUGCUGCAAGUGAGUAUCUCAACAGAAAUUCAUUCUCCACAUUUUACUGCUGAAGUGAAUUUCGAAUUAACGACGGCUUUUCAAAAUUUCAACUAUUAUGGACGUGUGUUCAGUGUUGCACCUGGUGCACAGUUGAUUAUAAUGGGUCUUAGCUGGUUUGCAAAGUUGCAAUUGCAGCACUGUAUGUUCGAGCAGAAUGCCACUGGAGAAAACUUCACUAAAGAAGGUCGUACACGAAUGUUUGCGAACAUCUUCAAACUGUGCUCAGAAUGGACACAAAAUAUGCCGUACGACUUUCGGGAAAAACCAAUGCGACAUCGUCUCAGCGAGCUACUCGGAUUAUGCUCGGUGGAUGAGCGCAGUAAACUCUUAACUGAAAAAUUGUUUACAGAGCUACAGAGUACGGUACGUGUUUCGCUAUGA